AGGGGGCGGAGCGCCACGUCAGUCAGUGACAGGCAGCUUCCCCGGGCCAGCGGGACCGUUGCAAUGGAGAGUGGCGACCGGCUCGGUGGCUGAGUUGAGGCUCCCUCAGCCUGGAAACACUGCUGAGCCCUGAGUAGGUCGGACUGGGAGAUUCUGGACAAUCAUUCGAACAGCAGGAGAAGGAGGAAGAGGAGCAAGGCCAUGAGUGAGCUCUGCUUGUGCCUGUCCUUCCUGAGGAAAGCCCUGCUCACCCUUACCCUGGUGCUCUUUUAUUAUUGCUUCUCCAUCGGGAUCACCUUCUACAACAAGUGGGUGAUGAAGAAUUUUCAUUACCCUAUCUUCAUGACUUUGGUUCACCUCAUCAUGAUCUUUGUAUUCUCUGGAAUAAGCCGAACACUCACUUCGUGGUAUACUGGCAAUUCACGCACCUGUCUGUCAUGGAAAUUAUAUAUGACGAAGGUUGCUGCCACAGCCUUUGCAACUGCCUUAGACAUUGGACUGUCGAACUGGAGCUUCCUGUUUAUCACAAUCUCACUGUACACAAUGACAAAAUCAACUGCCAUCUUAUUUAUUUUAUUCUUUUCAGUUGUAUUCAAAUUGGAGAAAUUGCGGCCAUGGUUGAUCAUGGUAAUCUUGUUAAUAGCUGGAGGCCUCUUCAUGUUUACGUACAAGUCAACCCAGUUUAACAUGGAGGGAUUCAUACUAGUAUUGGUUGCAUCCUUCCUUGGAGGGAUACGGUGGACGCUGACACAGAUUCUUACCCAAAAGGCAGACCUAGGUUUACAGAAUCCCAUUGACACCAUGUACCAUCUCCAGCCGCUGAUGUUUAUUGGCCUUUUCCCACUGUUUGUAUUCAAUGAAGGACUAAGUCUGUCUGCCUCAGAGAAACUGUUUCGUAACCAUGAGAUGUCGACUUUGCUGCAUAUGAUGCGUGUAUUGGCUGCAGGGGGAUUUUUGGCAUUUGGACUGUGCUUCUCUGAAUUCCUAUUGGUUUCUAAAACCUCCAGCUUGACCCUAUCUGUAGCAGGCAUUUUUAAGGAAGUGUGCACACUGGUUCUUGCUAGCCAUGUGAUGGGUGACCAGUUAAGCACGUUAAACUGGCUAGGAUUUGCAAUGUGUCUCUCUGGAAUCUCUCUACAUGUUGCACUUAAAGCCAUUUAUUCCGAAGAUUCCUCCAAAGACAAAAGGUUGGAUAAAUUCCAUGAUAUGACAAUGACAGAUGUUGAUAUGGAACUACUGCUCAGGAAUGGACAGGCAAAUGAGGACAGUGAAAAAGAAGAUGUCAUAUAUCAGUAAUGACUCAUUGUGUCUAUUCUAUAUAGGAUCCCAAGGUUCUGCUUCAUAUGGUUUACAUUUGCUGUGCAAAGGUGUGCCUGUAUUAUGCUUGAAACUUUGUGUCUAUGUAUUCCAGUCCAUGACUGGAACUAGUUAGAUUGACACCUAUUGCUUUAAGAAUGAACUCAUCCUUGUGACCAAGUGUAAGGAUUAGGAUACCAGUGAAGCAUCAAAUACAUUUCCAUGUUGUCACUAGCAGGUGUGGAAUUUUUGUACGACUGUUUGAACUGUGGAAAAGGACACCCACCUGCUCACUAUUGGAUUUGGACCCUCCAAAUUUGGUUUGUUCUUGGAGAGAAUAUUUUGAGCUGUACAACACUGAGAAAAAAUACUGCAGUUAGUGUUUUGAAGUGGUGAAUUAAGGGUUUUGUACGAGAUUUAUUGGACAAUAUUGAAAAAUAUUGACCCAUGUGAUUUUUUUCUUUUUCUGUAAUCUGUUGAUACCAAUACGAAGUAAGUCUGGUAGCAACACUGAUUUUAAUAGAAAUGUGCAUACCUACCUAAUUGUCAGGAAAAUAACAAAAAAACCCCACUGUGACUGAUGUAUGGAGAGCAAAUUAUACAGCUAUAAAGAAUCCAUUCUUUAUCAUAAGGCUAUAAUCAAGAAUCAAUGGAGUUGUCUUCUUUUAAUGGAACUUAAGAUUGAUUUGAUUUGACCUUAUGUUACCCUAAUUUCUCUCUCAUAACGUCCCCUAUUUACAUGGAGAAAAUGAACUAGAAAUCAGUUCAGAAAUGUUUAGCAAAAAAGCACCCUCACUCUUUAUAUUCUGACAAUGGGCUCAAAGCCCAGGUGUAUGUAACAUAAUUAGAAACCAGGAAAGUGCUGAUUUAUAUGUGAAAAAUUGCAGUUAGUGUUUUAAAAUAUGUGAUUGAUAUGGUUUCCUUGUUACAUUUACAAAUCUACAUUUCUCUAUUUUGUAAUUAAACACUGCAGUAAAGCCCCAUAAAUAGCACAUGGAAUACACUGUACUCUUGCACUCGAUUGUCCACUUGCUCAAUUUAUUUGACCAAUUCCCGCCCUAUGUUUUUCCACACAUUUGCCUUCUUGAAGAUUCAGUUCCACAUAUUCUCUAUCAUAUGCUUAAAGUAGCUAAAUCUAAACUAAGUGUACAGCUUCCUUCUUCCAAGUUUGAGCCUCUGGUCCUAGAGCUUAUGGUAGUGUUUAACAUAUCAGAGAUUCAAUUCAUGUAUUCCCUCAAGAAUCUUGAAUAAUCUCCUCAUGUAUUGAGAUGCCUGUCUGUUUCUUCCUAAACUGCCCAGUGUGCAGAUGGUAUCAGGAUUAUCCUUGAAGGUACGUGCUUUAGAUCCUACCUCCUCAAACUCUUUCUGAAAGAUCCCCAUCUUGCUCUUUUCUGUGUCACUGAUUUCUUCCAGUGCCUGAUUCAUUUCCCUCUUAGAGACAUAGAAUGGUUACAACACAAAAUUCAUGUCCAGGCUGGCUUUCUGCAAGAGCAAUUCAGCUACUUCCACACCCUGCUCUUUCCUCUCAGCCAUGCAAGUUUGAAAAAAACCUUCAGGCCUCAAUUGUAACUGCCUCCACCACACUUUCAGGUAAUGCAUUCCAGAUCCUAAGCACUCAAGUUUUCCUUAUGUUGUCUUAGGUUUCCUUUUCAAUAGUUUUGCCACUUAUUUGGCUAUGUCCUUUACUCUGUCAUCUGAGAGUCAACCUUCCAGUCAUGAUUCUUGUCAAGGCUACAAAAUGGGCUUAAUUAUAGAAUCCUCCAUAUUACCAUUUUCCUGAUUUAUUAUUAGAGUCUUUGGUUUGCCUCGUGUGGAGCCCCUUUGUUCCUUGGUGUUCUUGACUACCUUCCCAUGUACCACCAUUUUUGUUUUCAUCAUGACUGUUGGGGACAGUAUGCUGGUGCAAUAAUCCACAGGUGAUCAUGUACAGGACCUCUAUGCCACCCCUUAUAGGCAGUUGCUCAAAUUCCUUCCCCUGCUUUGCUAUUCCUUCUCUAUCUAUGGUGUAAUGACCCUCUCUAAUGUGUCUUCAUGAAAUCCUCUGUGUAUGUUGCUGAAUGCAUUCAUUUGGCACUCUACUGUUAGGGCAACACAACUCUGAGCCUCCUUAUAUUAUGCACUUAUUUUCCUGGAUACUUUACAGAUUCAGAACAUACUACAUUAUGUAUGCCAUAUCACUAGCCAAACUCCUGAUCUGGCAUUACUUCGCUGCUAACUCCUUUGGUAUUCCAGACAAAAUUAAUUGGAACUAACUGUCACUUUGGAGAUUUGGACCAUCUUUGUCUCUGCACACAAUUCCUGCUCAGGCUCAACUGACACUUUACCUUCUCUCAGCAAAGACAAGCUCUGCCAAUGGUUGAUUCAGUUGACCUUUCAGUUCAAGAAAUCUGUCCCAGCACAAAUGUGUUCAGUACCAAGAUUUACUUGAUUACUCCCAGAAAAACUUACUCUUAGCCAGCCCAUUAAUAAGGACUGCACAAGCAAUUUAAAUUAAUUCUACUUUUAAUAUAAAAACACAGCUCCUGUGGAAAUAAGGUACUGUAUUAACUUUUGAGAAUACCAGAGUUUUUUACACCUGGUGAAGCAGGAUUCAGAUUUAAUUAAAUUGGGCAAAAAUUUAACACAUUUUAGUCAGCAUCUGCAUAGAUUGCUACAACCCAACUAUAAAAGCAGGAAUCAGCUGAUAUGGAAGUAAUCAGAUUAUUUAGAUAUUUCGGGAGAGUUGAUUUAUUUUUCAGAUGAACAAGCAAUAAGAAUUGAAAUCGAGAAUUGUUCCAACUUUUCUCCUGGAUUCAAAUGCAAGUUGCUGAUUAUGGGAGUUUGAUAUAUUUUAGAUUAUGUGAUACUUGCAAGUAGAGCUGGAUCCAUACAGUUGGAUUUCAAGAUGAUCCCUUAUUGGGGGCUUGGGUGUAGCAAAAUGAACAAGUAAUGCAAGGGUACUGAGCUUUUUAUUUUAGGUCACCUUUAUCCCAUGAAUGCAAGCAGUCUUCAGUUGAGAGCUUUUAAUGAAAAGUUCCACCUAACUCAUUUGGCUUUUGGUCUCUGUCUCCUUUUAUCCUCUUUCUCCCUCCCCUUCCCUCCCUUUUUCUCUCUCUCCCUCUUUCCCCCUCCAUUAGUGUUUCUCUCCCUCUCCCACCAUUUCCUUCUGUCUUUCUCUCCCUCUUCCUCCAUCUCACUCUCCCUCUGUCCCAUUCUCUCCUGCUGUCUUUCCGUGUCUCUCUUCCUGAUGUUCUCUGAUCACUGAUGAUCUGUAUAUUUGUUUUAAUUUCAGGAAAUUAAACUUUACUCUCUUGUAACAGCUGUGAAAUAUUUUACUUAUUAAAUCACGUGAUUUUAAUUAA